CUGGACCGAAAGUGGUCGGAUCGGGAUGCUGCAUAAACGCGGCAACUGUGUUAGCGGUAAUUGACAGCUGCCGAAAAGCGACGGCGGCAGCGGCGUCGACAACUCGGCGCGCGCGCGCGCACGCGAUUUCGCGGAUCGGCGCAAAAAUCGGCGCGAAUACGAGCGAGGGAGUGCGCGAGAAAAUUUCGAAUGGGCCACAACGAACAUCGAAUACUUUAGUGAUAAAUCUGCGCAUCUCGCAGGGACAUCUCCCGCGGCUGCGCCCACAGCAUCGCAUCGAAUCGGAUCGGAUCGCGUCGGCAUCGCGAUCAUCAUGCAAUCCGCUGUCCGUCCCGUCCACCGAGAGAAAGAGGGAGAGGUCUUCUUUUAAAGGUCCGCCCGUGUUUACAGUUCCACGCUCGCGUGUGUCGAAAGAAACUACGCCGAGUAUGUUGCGGAAUGGAAUUCAAGUAAAUACGUAUAGUGAUUCACGUUUGUGAAAACGAAUUUGAGAUAUUGGUGACUUAAUUCGAACGCCGAUAUGAGAAUGAAGGAGAUUGUGUGUGAGCGUCAGAAGCCGAAAUAAAUAACGGAACAUUCGCAGUUCCAUUCCACAAGUGUAUAUUUCACUUUAAUCUUCGAGACUCAGUAAGACUCCCAACUGUCUGGAUUUUUUUUAAAGAAUCAAAAAGUUGGAGCAAAUAGUAAAGUUAAACCAGAAACAAACAUUUUCUGUUAUCAUUUUACAUUUUUAAAUAAAAUGCGUUCGAGGGAGAUAUAACAGAGGUUUUUCUUUGCGGGAGCCUUCGAUUUGUUUCUUUGGUCAAUCCGAAAAGAAAAAGAUUAUAGGCGGACGAAAGUGUAGCUGAAAAGAGAACAAGCCUUGCCGUCUCGGGCGACAGUAAAACGGUGUACAAGUGAGACGGAAAUUUGUUGGAGGACACGAAUUCUCGGUCACAAGAGUGGUCCCCUGCAGAUAUGUGCUCGACGGCGCGAGGAUGUGCUCCUUUCUAUCAUCGCGUUGAACAACUCUCGGUUUUCCGACGGUGUUAGCUCUCUUGGAGACAUUAUGAAUCUGGAACGGCCAACGAUGGACGGAGGUUGCGGACAGCAGCCGCUCUUCUUAGGCAGCUCUUCCGGUUGGGGCGGUAUCUUUAGCCCUCAACAGUCGACCGUGCAGACUGCCAGCACUCCCUCAGAGCAUUACGGCGGUCCACUGAGUCUGAGCAUCUGCAUAUCCGAUUCGGGUCACGAGAUACUCCGUCCGAAGCCGCGGAGACCCGGCGGUAGUAAUAGCCGCGAGAUAUAUUGCCCCUCUUACUCGAAGGAUUUCACCGAGAAUUCUCCUAAAAGCGGAGUUCACGAUAUGGUCCAUAUGAUCCCAGAAAGGGAUACGGAUACCGUAGCACCGACACCGACCCCACAGCAUCCACGUCAUUCUCAGCACCAUCAUCUCAGUUUACACGAACUCCGUGCGCUUCAGAGACGACCGGAAUGCACUGGCAACAGCUCCUCCGAUGAGAAUCGAUCGUCCGGACACGCGAGCAUGUCGGACACUGGCGGCCACACAAGCAGCAGUUCACCACCGCAUCGUCAUCAUAGAGCUCACAGUCCUCAGCAAUUGAAUGCUGUGCCCGAAGACGAUCGACUCUCGGCAUCGGUUACUCAAAGGAAUGGCAGGAGCCGAUCCGGUCAGAGCCGCAAUCGACACCGAGCUACGCCCGCUAAGCUACAGGUACCAUGGUCGGGUUCUGGUUUGGAGGAUAUAAAACUAGCAAUCCAACAGCUUACGAUGCGCUCGCACAAGUCUUCGUCCACAUACUCUUCGCUGAGCGGCUCGGAAAGCUCGGAGCCCGCAGUGAGAAGGCUGAUGCGGCACUCCAGCUUGGAGACGAUCAACACCAACGUGACUAGCGCCGAUGAGUUCGUCUGGGUAGAUUCUCAUAAUCGUCUGGUUGAAUUGCAGCAGCUACCGUGGACUCAUCAUGAUGUGCUACGUGUACUUCAAAACGGUCGAACAAGAGAACACAUGGAGCAAGUCUCGAUGGAGACGAUUCCGCGGCUUUCCUAUCUCCUACAACGUGCGCUAGUCAGAAUCGGCCGCGAGACUCAGAGAUUGGCAAAGCCCAUAGGUCUCUGUAGCAAGCACGAGGUGUACAGUGCCUUUAAGAUCGUACUCUGUCCGGCUCUUGCGGAUUCUUGUACCAAGGCUUGCCUUCGAGCUGCCGCGAUGUUCGCUGUAUCUGGCGAUCAGUUGAAACAAUCGAAGGCAUCCCGUUCGGGGCUGCAAUUGCCAGUCGGACGUUUCUUACGUUGGAUGUCCGAUGUGAGACUCGGACGGAUGAUUCACGAGUAUGCCGCGAUAUAUCUGACGGCCGGAAUCGAGAAUCUCCUGGAAGAGAUACUGCUACAAUGCGUGCCGACGGAACCGCAUACGACCCUCACGGCGACAAUGCUGGAGCAUGCUAUAGCAAACAGCGGCGACUUAUGGGGCCUGUUACAACCGUACGCGCAUCUCAACGCCGGUCGAACUGCAUCGGGCGCUCUCGCUAUGCCUCGUUGGGCAAGUGUAAGUUCCUUGAACUCGUCGUCGUCGUCGCGUAGUGGCCGGGACGUAGCUCAGUCAGCUUUGGAACCGUCGUUGCUUACGACGUGUGUGGGAUCAAUGUCAGAAUUGAUAGAUUUGAUUUCAAAGGUAGCACAAGCAGGACGCUGCCCUGUACCGUUGACAACAAGAGCGUUACAUGCUCUAUUUUAUUACAUGAGGUGCUCGCAGCUGGAACAUGGCGAACGCGGAUCUGGAAUACAGGAAUUAGCAUACGAACGAGCUUACGUUGUGCUGCCACCGUUAGUAGAAUGGCUACGGGUAGCUGCAGCGCACGCCGAGCACAGACACGGUUUGGUCAUGGAUCAAGAUGACAUUAAUCAAGCUGCCCGACUAUUGUUGCCUGGUGUAGAUUGUCCUGUUCGACCGAUAAGCUCCGAGGAAAUCGCAGUAUGUUCAAAACGCAUUGAUGAUGUCGAAUACGUUCGGUUGCUGACGCUGGACAUGGCUUUUAAGAUGUUGACCAGUGGACGCACCGAUCUCAUAGGCCAGGCAAUGUCGCUGCUGCCUUCAACAAAAAUUAACACGGUGAAUGACGCCGGAUUCACAGCUCUGAUGCUGGCAUGUAUCAAUGGUGAUGAAUCAGCUGUAAUGGCUCUACUAGACGCCGGAGCUGACUUGAACAUCGAAAGUCCACCACCCACGACAAGCUCGUCGUCGAAUACUCCUUCCAAGAUUCCACAAACAUCCGGUGUAUCAAAUGUUAGAAGCCCGAAUAAUCAGUCGGCAAUGAUAACAUCCAAUAAAACUCCGAACGCGAAUGUAGCUUCUAAUAGUCCCAACAAUCCUGGUGGAGCUAUCUCCAGUGGCAUGUGCUACACGCAGACUGCCUUUAACGCAGAGACGCAACACUGGACCGCUUUAACUUACACGGCUCUAUUGGGUCAUUGUAAUAUCGCCAGAAUAUUGUUGGAGAGAGGUGCUGUGGUAGAAGGCGGCGCGAAACUCAGCGAGGACAAGUGCACGGUCACGCCUUUGCAAGCGGCCACAGCGUCGGGAAAUAAUGAGAUGGUAGCUCUACUCUUGGCACACGGGGCGCAGCCAUUUCUAUCCACUUUGAUCAAGGAUUCGUUCUCCUACUCAGGUUCCGUGCAACGUGGCUGUUACAGCGCAAUCUCAGUAGCUACAGCACAUGGUCAGAGAAGUUGUCUUCAUCAACUACUAUCACAUCCACUCAACUUCUCGGCCAAGCGAGGAGAGAAAGAGAUAUUAUCUUUGGAAGAGAUAUUAGCGGAAGGUAACGCCGGUAAUAACUCUCAACAGCAGACUGCAGAAGGAAGAGGAGCUCGCAGAGAAGGCAAGGAACCAGUAUUUAAUAAGAUACAAACGAAGGCGCUACAGGAAGCUAUGUAUCAUAGCGCGGAAAGUAAUCACUUAGAUAUUACCAUGGAGCUUCGUGGGUUAAAAGUAGGUUGGACAUUACAUUGCUGGAUGCACAGUCUUGCGACAGCUCAUGAAAUGCGAUUGGACUCGGUUAUAGAUCAAUUACUUCAAGACUUUCUUCAAGUCUGUCCGGACGAUUAUUCCACGCAGUUCGUGCAGGAAUGUUUGCCACUUUUAUUCAAUAUUUUUAGAUAUAGUAAGAAGGAAGGCACGACACUCUUGCUCGCUGAUAUAUUUUGCACAUGUUUUGGAUGGGAACCAAUCAAGCCAAUUAGAGAUACUACACUUUCGAGUGGAUCAAGAAUUGAUCCAAAGUUUGUGAAUAAUCCAGAAUUAAGCGAUGUGCAAUUUAGAGUUGAAGGUCGCGUUUUUUAUGGUCAUAAAAUUGUACUGGUUACAUCUUCCCCAAGAUUUAGAAAUAUGUUAAGCUCCAAACUAUGUGAAGGCAAUCCUCCUAUUGUGCAAAUUAAUGACAUAAGAUAUCACAUAUUCCAGAUGGUCAUGGAAUUUCUUUAUCACGGCGGUUGUGCCACUCUGGAAGUUAAUCAAAGUGAUGUUCUGGAAUUAAUGGCAGCAGCCAAUUUCUUUCAACUCGAUGGCUUACUCAGAUAUUGUGAAGCACAAUGUUCCACAAUGGUGGAUCUUGACAAUAUUGUUUCUAUGUAUAUUCACGCAAAGGUAUAUAAUGCGGCGCAACUCUUAGAAUAUUGUCAAGGAUUUUUGUUACAAAAUAUGGUGGCUCUUUUGACUUAUGACGAUUCGGUCAAACGUUUGUUGUUUGCGAAAAAGUUACCGAAUCACGACGUUCUCGCAGGCUUAUUGCUCACAUUGCAAUCACGAAUAAAAGCCAGACGAUCUCAACAACAAAACAAAAUAAAAGCUUAGAUAUAUAUGCUCUUGCAUAAAUGUAACAAGAUAUAAAAUUAUAUAAGAGCAUUAUAAAAUUAAUAGGAAUUACAUAUAAUUCCUAUUUCAAAAGGUACUGAGAUUUAAUUUUACAUGUGUAUGGAGAUUGU